AUCCUUCCCCCUCCCAAGAUGGCGGACAGCCUGCCCUCGGAGUUUGAUGUGGUGGUCAUAGGAACGGGUUUGCCUGAAUCUAUCAUAGCAGCUGCAUGUUCGAGAAGCGGCCAGCGAGUUCUGCAUGUGGAUUCGAGAGCUUACUAUGGAGGAAAUUGGGCGAGUUUCAGUUUCUCAGGAUUAUUGUCCUGGAUAAAAGAAAACCAGGAAAAGGCUGACACUUGUGAAGAAACUGAACCCUGGAAAGAUCUGAUCCUUGGAAAUGAAGAAGGGAUUCCUCUGAGCAAGAAGGACAAAACCAUUCAGCAUGUUGAAGAGUUUUGCUAUGCCAGUCAGGAUUCAGUGGAGGAUGUGGAAGAAGCCGGUGCACUGCCAAAGCACUCUACCUCGGUUAUCCCUACUUCUAGCGAAGUUCUAGAGGAAGCUUCUGCUACCACUGAAGAGGAAUGCGUUCCUUUAGACGGUCAGUCAUCGGGAGUCAAAGGUGAAGAAACGUCCCCAGAAAGUCCUUCAGAAAACAACGCAAAAUGUCCAGACGACCACAACAGUGUAGAAGUCACCUCUCUAGGAGAGAAACACAGCGACGAUGUAACCUCUGAUCAAUCAGUAUCGGGAACGGAAAACGAAGAAUCCACAUCAAUAAUGGAUGCUACCGCUGAACCGAAGAAAAUUACUUACUCCCAAAUUGUUAAAGAAGGCAGGCGAUUUAAUAUUGAUUUAAUUUCCAAGUUAUUGUAUUCUCGAGGAUUGUUGAUAGACCUUCUGAUUAAGUCCAACGUUAGCCGAUAUGCCGAGUUUAAAAAUGUUACCCGGAUUCUUGCAUUUCGAGAAGGGAGAGUAGAACAGGUGCCGUGUUCCAGGGCAGAUGUCUUCAACAGCAAGCAGCUGACUAUGGUGGAGAAGAGAAUGCUGAUGAGAUUCCUGACGUUUUGUCUGGACUAUGAAGCGCACCCCGAUGAAUAUCAAGCUCAGAAGGAUUGCAAGUUUUCCGACUACCUGAAAACCCAGAAGUUGACUCCCAACUUGCAGCAUUUCAUUUUGCAUUCCAUUGCAAUGGUCUCGGAGGCGGACUGCUGCACCAUAGACGGCUUGAAGGCAACACAGAAAUUUCUGCAGUGCCUUGGCCGUUACGGCAACACUCCAUUCUUGUUCCCUCUGUACGGGCAAGGGGAGAUCCCGCAGUGCUUUUGCCGGAUGUGUGCUGUAUUUGGUGGUAUCUAUUGCCUGCGCCAUUCUGUACAGUGCCUUGUGGUGGACAAAGAAACUAGACGGUGUAAAGCAAUCAUCGAUCAUUUUGGUCAAAGAAUAAAUGCCAGCUAUUUUGUUGUGGAAGAUAGUUACCUUUCAGAAAAGAUAUGUAGGAAUGUGUGUUACAGGCAGAUCUCCCGAGCAGUUCUCAUUACCGAUCGAUCGAUACUGAAGACCAGUUCAGAUCAGCAGAUUUCCAUUUUGAAUAUCCCGUCCAUGGAGCCAGACCAGCCGGCAGUUUGCAUCAUUGAACUUUGUUCCUCUGCCAUGACGUGCAUGAAAAAUACAUAUUUGGUCCAUUUAACUUGUUCUUCUGUUAAAACUGCUAAAGAAGAUUUAGAACCUGUUGUGUGGCAAUUAUUCACCAUAGUCACAGAAACAGAAAGUGAAGGUACAGGAGCCAGUGUGCAAAAGCCCCAAAUUCUCUGGUCAGUGUAUUUCAACAUGAAAGACUCAUCUGGAGUAGACAGGACUUUGUAUGACAGCUUACCUUCCAAUGUCUAUGUGUGUUCUGGACCAGAUAGUGCUUUAGGAAAUGACUGUGCGGUCAGACAGGCUGAAGCCAUUUUUCAAGAGAUGUUUCCAAGCGAGGAGUUCUGCCCACCCCCUCCAAAUCCAGAAGAUAUUAUCUAUGAUGGAGAUGGGACUCAGGCAGAGGAUCCCAGAUUCAGCAAUGAGUCGGAGGCCAAUCCAGAGACUUUGCCUGAAGAGUAGUGAAGAGACUGAGGGAUACCCUGAGGCAUGAGGUGACUCAAAGGCCCCAGAUUAGACUGAUGUUGUGAUGGACUCCGAAAUGAAGAACAACGAAUUGGCUGUCACAUGGACAUGUCAUCCCAGGAAUUCCAUUGGGACUCACAGACUUGUUUAAUAGCCUGAGCUGAGACAGAAAGUCUUGUCCAAAGUAAUGAGUUUCAGCAUAUGACAUUUUUGUCUCAUUUUUCUGGGAAAUACAUUUACCAUUUUUGUGGAUAAGAUAUUCCUUCCACAGAACGACAGUUUGCAAAGUGAACAGCAGCAAAGCACAUAACUUGGGUUUCAUUACAACAACAAAAAUACAGUUCUGUUCCCAGAUGGCAGCCAUUAGGGUAGAUAAAUGUGGGAAAGAUCAGCAUUUUUAAAGUUCUGGUAGCCCUACUUUACCUGAAGAAAAUGUUGAAGUAUUAAGUCAUUGUUUUGGUUUGCCAUAAAGAUCACCAAUGUGGCUUUGAAGCUCUGCCAUCAUAGAUUAUCCCUGAGUGACGUUCAGAAUAAAAUAGGUACACUUGCCUUCUUUGAA